ACAGUGAAUAAGAGCCCACCUCACCUCACGCUUGAUCAUCUGCUCUGCUGUCACAAGACUUGCACUCUUCCACCUCGACCUCGACCACCACUUUCCCAUCCUCCGCUCCGCCGCUGCUUGUCUCUUAUCCGGCCUCUCCGAGUCUCCACAUCGCGUUGCGCUCCUCUGCGGCACCACCCCGGCUAGCACUUCUUCAGCAUGGUAGCCUUACCACGCCUACCCAUCCCCAAGCUGCCUCUCGCCGCCUCCGUGCCCGCAGCGGCGGCCGGACUCGCCUACAUCAACGCCAAGUAUGGCGUGAACAACGACAUCUGGACCAUCUGGGCCGCCAUCUCCUUCCAGAUCUAUCUGGGCAGACUCGAAAAGGCCGACCGCGUCAACACCUUCUACCGCUUUGAAGAGCUCGCCAAAGACCCCAAGUCCGCCAGCCGUCCGUUCCUCAUCGUUCCUCAAGCCGACAAUGCGCCUGCUGGACGUACCGAGUGGACGUAUGCCGAGGCUUACGAUACCGUGCUCAAGUACGCAAGAUGGCUGAAGGAGACGCACGGCGUGCAGAAGAAUGAGGUGAUUGCGAUGGACUUCACGAACAAGCCACAGUUCAUCUGGAUCUGGUUCGCCUUGUGGUCGUUGGGAGCCAUUCCCGCGUUCAUCAACAGCAAUCUGGAAGGCAAUGCUUUUACACACUGCGUCAAGGUGUCCACAACUCGUUUGUUGAUCUUGGAUCCGGCGAUAGAGCACAUCCUCACCGAGGAGGCUCGCCAGCAGUUCACGGCGGAUGACAAGGCACGAGCUGUGGAGAUUCAGUUGCUCCAGCCGGACGUCGAGGUGCAGAUCCAGGGUGGCUUGCCAUACCGGGCACCUGACGAGGCCCGAUCUGGCGCCUUGAAGGACACUCCUUCCCUGUUGAUCUACACUUCUGGAACUACAGGUUUGCCCAAAGCAGCCAACGUCGCAUGGAGCAAGCCCAGCUCUGGGUACCUCUUCUUCUCACGCGCGCUUGGUCUCAAGGUCGAUGAUCGAUACUACACAGCCAUGCCUCUGUACCAUUCCUCAGCUUCAUUGCUUGGUGUUUGUCAAGCGUUUGGCCCAGGUUGCACCAUCGUUCUCGGUCCCAAGUUCUCUCCACGAACGCAGAUGAAACAGUGCGCCGAGACGGGUGCCACCGUCAUGCAGUACAUCGGUGAGAUGUGCCGCUACAUGGUCACCAGUCCUCCCUCUCCAUACGACAAGUCCCACUCCGUCCGCAUGGCGUUCGGUAACGGCAUGCGACCCGAUGUCUGGCAGAAAUUCAAGGACCGCUUCAACAUUGGCACGGUCUGCGAGUUCUACGGCGCGACAGAAGGUCCAGGUGCGUCCCUGGUAUUCAGCAACAAUGACUACCUCCGAGGAGCGAUCGGCAACACCGGACGUCUCCAACGCGGCCUGUUCGGCGGCAACACAGUCCUCGUUAAGCACGAUCACGACACGGAAAUGCCAUGGCGGGAUCCAAAGACCAACACCUGCGUCACAGUCCCUCGCGAUGAGGUUGGCGAGCUGAUCUACCUCCUCGACCCGGACAACAUCAAGGACAAGUUCCAGGGGUACCUCGGGAACGAAAAGGCCAACGAAGGCAAGAUUAUCCGCAAUGUUUUCAAGAAGGGCGACGCCUAUUACCGUAGCGGCGACUUGCAACGACUCGACAAGGACGGUCGGUGGUGGUUCGUCGACCGCAUUGGCGAUACGUUCCGCUGGAAGGGCGAAAAUGUAAGCACAGCCGAAGUCUCCGAAGCUCUCGGCUCUCACCCAGCCCUCCACGAAGCCAACGUCUACGGCGUACAACUCCCCAACCACGACGGUCGCGCCGGCUGCGGCGCCAUCGGGCUCCACGAAGGGCACUCCCUCGAUGGUCCACUCGGCGCACAACUCGCCGACCACGUCCGCCGGCGACUGCCCAAGUACGCCGUGCCACUAUUCCUGCGCGUGCAGAAGGCGUUUGAGGUGACGGGCACGUUGAAGCAUCAGAAAGUCGCGCUGAGGAACCAGGGUGUGGACCCGAGUAAGACGGAGGAGGACGAGUUGUUUUGGUUGUCGCCCGGGUCGAACAAGUACGAGAGGUUUGGAAAGGCGGAGUGGGAGCGGAUCCAGGGUGGUAGCGCGAAGUUGUAG